UUCGUGACCAAUGAAUUUUUGUUGUUGCAUGUUUGCUUUCAGACAGUUUUUGAACGGCUCUUAUCUCUUGUGAGGGACAUGAGCUCUCUCCUAUGGCAAUGGUCUCAUGCACACGGGUGUCCUCAGCGGCUUAGGUGAUAUUAUGUUAGCAGUGUUUCAGUUGGUGACGGUGGAAAAUAAGUUCUGAGUAUCAACGCCAGCGCGAGCGACGCCUGUCAUUUCCUCAUCUCCACCGAGCACCCACAACCUCUCCUAUUUUCUAAUAGCUCAUCUACUUGUGGCACUGGUUCAGUCAUGGCUUCAGCCAGCAUACAUCCGUCCGUUAGCAUGGAAUCGCAGGAGAAGUAUCACUUCAUGUACAGUCAUUUGGUGGAUGACUUUGUUCGGGUGAAGAUUGGCAGCCUUCAAGGCAAGCGGCGUGAGCAGUCAUUCACAAAUUUGGUAGGAGACGACGUACUAUUGUUCAGCCGGCAAAAUGACAACGAAUGUCCGGACUACUACGUGACUGUGCAGAUCUUUGCCGACAAGCGUGCACUGGCGCUGCCCACCUAUACCUCCUACAAGGCCUUCUCAACGCGAUGGAACUGGAACGAAUGGUUGACACUACCUGUCCGCUACUCAGACCUGCCGCCCACGUCUAUUCUGGCCUUCACAAUAUGGGAUACUGUUGGACCGUCAAAAGUCGUAGCAGUUGGCAGUACAUCGAUCAGCAUGUUCAACAAACACCGUGUGCUUCGCAAGGGAACAGAGGACCUGAUUGUGUGGCCAGAUGUUGCAGUCACGACUGACAAUGUGGACAAGCUCUCCGGCUCUAUCAAGGCAACCAAGGGCAAACUAGCUGAGCUCACCAAGCUCAUGAAGCAGCACCGGAAAAAGCAAAUGCCGCGUGUGGACUGGCUGGAUCGCUUGGCUUUCCGAGAGCUGCAGCAGCAGAUUGAGAAGGAGAAGAAAGACUCGAAGGAGAUGUUCCUUCAGAUUGAGUUUCCGAUCUUCGACUGCCAAGACCCUGGCUUUGAAAACUUAGAGUAUGAUGUUGUCUACUUUGAGAAGGGUGGUGACGAAGUGGAGAGGACACGUAUCAAAGCGGACUUGGUGCGAGUGGUUGACCCUGAUAUUGACACGGAGAACUUGGUGGCUAGCAAGUACCACAAGCUGACUCACAGUGUGCGCUAUGGUGCCCUGAUCAAGGAUCUCAACCCCGACCCAGGUACCCGUGACGAGCUGCGUCAGAUCAUCAAGAAGCCAUCGUGCAUGAAGCUCACCCAGACUGAGCAGAGUCUGGUCUGGAAGUACCGCUACUUCCUCAGCACCGAUUCAAAGGCCUUGCCGAAGUUCCUGCGCUAUAUCGACUUCAGCAACACCCCAGAAGUUAAUAUGGCACUGGAGCUGAUGGAGGAGUGGGACCCAGUGGGUGUGGAAGGAGCACUGGAUCUGCUUGCUGCCAAGUUCCCCAACGCCGACAUUCACCGCUACGCCGUGUCCAAGCUGAGCUUGGCUACAGAUGAUGAACUUAUGCUGUACUUGUUGCAACUAGUCCAGGCAUUGCGUUUUGACAAGCAGGACGACCUGACGGCCAAGAGUGUGAUCAUGACAACUUACUUUGCCAACAACAAUGACAGUGACGAGAAGAUGCCCAAUGCUCCGCUGCCGCUAGAAAGCCAGGGAGACACCAUGAUUGACCCACUUGGAGGUCUUCCCAUCUCUGACAAGAACUCCAGCCAAACCACUGCCAUGAACAACGAGUUCUUCGAUGAUCCACUGGGCGUGCAUACGAUGACCAAGGCGAACAAGUCUGGCGUUGGCUCCAAGGACACGAAAGAUAAGCAUCUGUCCCUGGCAUCUCUGCUGAUUACCCGGGCCACCAACAACUUCAUGCUAGCUAACUUUCUCUUCUGGUACUUGUGUGUUGAAGACCAAGACUGCAAGUCAACUGCUAAUCCCUUUGGACCGGUGCUAAGAAGCUUUUCAUCAAUCAUGCAGAUGGAGUAUCCAGAGCGGUUUCUUCUAAUCCGGCGUCAGCAACAAAUCAUCACCAAACUAGUAUCAGUCAACAAGCAACUCGUCGGUCGAGACUCAAGGCCCAAGAAGAUUGAGAGGCUACGCAGCCUUCUCACCGCAUCGCACUUUGAAAGCUUUGAACCGUUCCCGAUUAUGCUGGACCCAAACGUUCUGGUCAAGUCUGUUGUCGCUUCUGAAGGUCAUUUGUUCAAGAGUGCACUGAUGCCCUCGCGGAUCACUUUCCUCACCACCAAGGACGAGCACUAUGUGACCAUCUUCAAGAGCGGCGACGAUCUCAGACAAGAUCAGCUUAUACUGCAGAUGAUCACUCUCAUGGACAAGCUGUUGCAAAGAGACAUGAUUGAUUUAAAGCUGACCCCAUACCUCUGUAUAGCCACCAGCCCCAAUCAAGGUUUUGUCCAGUUCAUUGAUUCUGAACCCGUGGCUCAGGUCCUGGCCACGCACAGCAGCAUUCAGGCUUACUUCAAGAGCGUGGCACCGUGUGAAGUGUCAGCAUCCAACCCACUAGGUAUACAGCCGGAUGUCAUGGAGACGUACGUGCGGAGCUGCGCCGGCUACUGUGUGAUCACGUACCUGCUGGGCAUUGGUGAUCGGCAUCUCGACAACCUGCUGCUCACUCCGUCUGGUCAUAUGUUCCACAUUGAUUUUGGCUUCAUUCUGGGCCGUGAUCCUAAGCCGUUUCCACCGCCGAUGAAGCUGAAUAAGGAGAUGGUGGAGGGCAUGGGUGGACAUGGCAGUGCAGAGUACCACAGGUUCCGUCGCCACUGCUACCAAGCCUUCCUCACACUGCGCCGAGAGGCCAACUUAAUCUUGAACCUGUGGGAAGUGAUGACGGAAGCAAACAUUGCCGACAUUGCCCAAGAGCCAGACAAGACUGUGCAGAAGGUACAAGACAAGUUCUGUCUGGACAUGAGCGAGGAGGAAGCCGUCAAGUUCUUCCAGCAGCUGAUCGACGACAGUGUCAGCGCACUGUUUGCAGUCAUGGUCGAGCAGAUCCACAAGUGGGCACAGAUUCUAAGGAAAUAGGCGACCGCGGUGUCUUCUAUGCUGUCCUGCUGGUGCGUACUCUGUUGGGUUUUGUUUGUGGAGCGGUGGUAUUGUGUCGAUCCAAGGCGUACUGUUUUUCUGUCAGUUUGUGUUUUGGUGUUGUUGUUGGUGUUGAUGUGGCUAUUGACUACGUUCCCCGCCGUGUGCUCUGUCUUGAAGUCUCUGCCUGUGGACGUGGCUGUCAUCGUCUUGUUGUCACGUACUCUCCACGUGCCGUGCUCCGCACGUCUCUCUGUGUGCUAUGCCACACGCCUCUCCGCGUGCCCGGCUCCACUCAGCUCUCUGCGUGCUGUCCACUGUGUGCUAUACCACACGCCUCUCUCUCCGUGCGUAUGGUGGUGAUUGCAGCGACAGCGGCGGCGUGGCGGUGACCACUGUCUUGCUCUCUCUCUCUCAGUGCCGUGCUGGCGUGUGUAGUGAUUAUGACCACUGGCCGCCAUGGUCGCAAUGCCGCCACUGCUGACGGGUGUGCCAUGGCAGUGUGUUGAGUGAUCAUGCGCUGUUGCUUGUUGCCAUGACAUCCGUGGUUGCUUGUCGCCAUGACAUCCGUUGCUAGUCUAAUUAAUAGUGUCCUCACAACCGUGUGCAGCAACUAGUCUGUGUCACACACCAGUGCAGGGUAGACUUGGUGUGCGUGUUGGCUUCUGUCACCGAUAGGAGUUAUUCACUUUGCCUCGAAAGGAGUACGGAAGAGACUUGGACUCUGGCAAAAAAAAAUGUACAAAGCUGUUGUAAAUAUCUCGUGUAAAUGAUUUACUUUCCGACUCUGACAAGGUGCUUGUGAUGUCCGGUCGGAUACGGUAGUUCUAUUAAAUAUAAUUUUCAUCUUAUUCACAGUUUACUCUACUACACUCCCCCUGCUUGUGCUAUUCUGAAUGCCUGCCGCGGGCACAGAUGCAAUGUCUACGUCUGCCUUUCGCCUCUGCACGCUGUAAGUACUGCGCUUCUCCUCUCUCUCUCUUUCUCUCUCUCUAUCUCUCUCUCUAUCUCUCUCUCUCUCUCUCCCUCUCUCUUCCUCUCUCUCUCUCUCUCUCUCUCUCUCUCUCUCUCUCUCUCUCUCUCUCUCUCUCUCUCUCCCUCUCUCUUCCUCUCUCUCUCUCUCUCUCUCUCUCUCUCUCUCUCUCUCUCUCUCUCUCUCUCUCUCUCUCUCUCUCUCUCUCUCUCUCUCUCUCUCUCUCUCUCUCUCUCUCUUCCUCUCUCCCUCAAAAACACAUAUUACAUGUACAUACAGACACACUUUCUGGACUUUCUGGAUUGCUUCAUAGCAAUCCGUAGGUGCUGGAUAUAUUGUGCUACUCCACCCUGCUGGUCCACCCUGCUGGUCCAUGUGAAUACACCUAACCAUUCUGCCUGUACAUUCGGAAUUACGCUCUAUUGUUUGUUUCUCGGUUGUCUUUGUUCGCUGCAAUUGUUUUUACGAGCUGCCCCCUCCCCAUAUAUUCUCUUAUCCUAUACAACUUCACAGCAUUUCCGUUUCUGGCAAAAUUUGGACACCUGCAUUGCUGAUCCUCCCCAGUGCUCGCAUCUAUUAUGUUGUGCAGCAGGGCUUUUUUUCUUUUCUUUUUUUUUUUACGAACUUACCGGUAUAAGAUUUAAUAACAGUCAGUCAAGUGUCGAUCGA